GUUGGGUGGGAGCCCGGCGCGGCGCGGCGCGGCGAACGGGCCAUCCCAGCCCGGCCCGGCCAGCAGUGUAGUGUAUCGUUAGCCACCAGCUGGGCACCACCUGUGUGAACGUGCGCGCUUCGCGGAGUCCACUGAUCCAGAAGUUAUCGUAGUGUAUCGGUCUAACCACCACAGCGUCGCCACGUCGUCUACGUCGUCGAGGCCAAGACACUCGCGGGGAUGAACGGGCCGUAGCGGCAGCAGCGGUCUGUUCAGCCAGUGGCCGACAGAUCGGCUAAGGCAGCGCGUCGUCUGCACCAACAAAACGGAAACAAACAACAACAACUAGCAGGAGAAGAAGCACAGAGGCUGCGCGGAGCAAACAGACCCCACGCCUGGCCAUGGUGCUCGCGACGACGGCGGACUCGAAAGCGCGGCCUCUGGACGCGAGCAUGAACAAGUCCAGGACCAGCACCAAGUCGCGGACCUCGCGUUCGUCCAGGGCGCCCAGCCGCAGGGACAGAGCGCGCGGCGGUUGGUACUGCUGCCCCUGCCCACUGACAGCCCUCCGCAGGCCGUGCGCGCCGUGCGGUGGCGGUGGUGGUGCAGGCCCCGAAGAAGAAGGAGGACUCUGGCCCGCGCCGGCGAGGUUCUACUGCUGCCGUGCUGACUUGGUGGCCGCCAUGGCCCGGGAGCACACCAACAACAACGACUCGAAGGCCAACCGACCCGCCACGAUGGACGACGACCCCUUCGGCGACGCCGUCCUGGUGGACUACGACGACGACGACGACCUGGAGGUGGCCGAGGAGGCGCUGCCCGACGACACGUUCCGGGAGGUGUUCGACAGGUCGCACCAAGGCGACGCGGACGAGCGGUGGCGCGUGCUGGAGCCGGAUUUACCUUACAUUGAAAAUCUGCCUCAUCAGUUGGACGCUGGGCGGGCCAUCGUGGUGGACCUGACGGUGCUGCCUGAUGCAUUGGGAUUUGCUAUUAAUCUGAGCUGUGGAGCUGGGGAGACCCCUGAUAUCGCCUUCCAUCUAAAUCCUAGACUGGACAGAUGUUACGUAGCCAGAAACAGUCGUACGAGAGGAUACUGGGGAGAAGAAGAAGGGGCAGCCCUUGGUGGCAGUCCAUUCAAACGAGGUCAAUCAUUUAUUAUUCAUAUACUUGUUACUGCAACUGGAUUUAAGGUUUCAGUUGAUAGGAUGCAUUUUUGCAAUUUCCCAUUUCGGAUGCCUCUUUCUAAAGUGUGUCGCUUGGAAAUCCAUGGGGAUAUUGUUGUGUCUGCCAUUCACCAUACAAGGCUGCAAGUGUAUCCUGACCGGGCUCUAGAUGCUCUGCCUGAGCACUCUUUUAGUACAAUACCCACAGAUCAUGCAGUCCCAUGGAGUUUGGACAUACCAGAGAAGGAGAAUCUUUAUUUUGGACGCUUCAAACCCAAUCUAUCUUCAGGAUUGGAAAUAACUAUCAAAGGAAGGAUGAAGCUGCUCCCUCAAUCGUUUUAUAUAAAUUUGCAACAAGGGAGCCAACUGUGGCCACAUCCAAAUGUACACUUUCACCUCAAUCCCAGAUUUGCUGCUGAGGAUUCCGAACAUGUUGUUGUUGUGAAUGGUUGGAUGCAUGGUUCAUGGGGAACAGAGCAAAGAUACAAUAAGUGUCGCUUUAGACCUGGGGAACCAUUCACCAUUGUGAUCUACGUGGAGGAACAAAGAUAUCGUGUCAUGGUUAAUGGGUUGCAACAAGCUGCUAUGCCCCACCGAGCUCCACCAUCCCUUGUGGACACACUUGUUGUGCGGGGCGACCUCUUUAUAAACCAUGUGAGCAUAGCAAAAUCAGGACCUGCGCCUGAACGGUUGCUAACUCCUGCAAGUCCAACAGGAAGCUGUGAAAGCUUCACCCACAUUCCUGACGAAAUUAGUAUUGAAACCAUGCCUAGUCAAGAAAAUUUUUCCACAUUCACAAAAAUGUUGUCAUCAAGUGAAGUGAGUCCUAAGGUGGACUGCCAACAGCCAGUAUCUGUUAAGUCACCAACCGUGUCUGUGGAAGAGAAACCCUCAACUUCUGUCCCUAGUGCUCCAGUCAGCAGUGAAAUUUUGACUUCUGUCUCCACCUUUGAAAGCAAAACUAUUAACAGUAGUGAAAGUGACUCAUCACCAGAAGAUAGCACUCUAGCAACACCAACAACUACAGCUGAGAAAACUGUGAACUUUGAACCUGCAAUUGGAUCAGGUAGUGGUGAAUCUUUAAAAUCGGAUGGCAGUAAAAGUGGUGAUUCCAGGAAGUAAUGACAGAGGUAGGGGUCUGAGGAUUUUAUGCAAACAAUUUUAUAUUGUUCUGUUACAGAAACAACUAAUCCACUUCCAAAAGCAGCUUUCUCUAUUUUUGUAAUGGCUGUUCUUUAUGGUGGGUACAUUUUAAGACGGUGAUUAAAAAAAUAAUGACACCUGUGUGUCUGUGUGAUUUUAAUGAUUUGUUUUCUAUUUUGCACCUAACAUGACAAAGCAUGCUUUUGGAAAGUGGAACAGUGGACAUCUGUAAUCAUGACUCAAAUGUGAUAAACUUGGCUUGUAGGCUCGUGAGUGAUAUUAAUGUAUAAACUGCUUUCCAGAAUAUCAAUUUAAUGCAAUUUUAUCAAGCAAAAACAAAGAACUUUUUUCCAUUUUGCUAAAAGAUGAUCUGCAAUAGAUUUGUAGAACCUUAAGUUCCUAUUUUUUGAUGAUUGUUCUGAAAUAUGACCAAUAUGAUUUUUUUUCUACUAAGAACUUUCUCCAACCUCUCAGCUAUUGUGUUUUUGUUUGGUGCCAAGAUGACUGAAAUUUACAAAAGAUGAAUUGACAUUCAACAGCUGCUGCUUUCUUAUAUGCUUGUGUCUUUAUGUGAGUGGAUUAUGCAGUAUUACAUCAGCUAUUUGCUUAACUUUUUAUGUUUAGUUUUAUUAUUAUUAUUUUACAAUAUUAUCCUCAUCAUCUGCUUUUGCAAUUUUGUCCUGUCCAAGAUUGUUAUUAAGUUGCACAGAAAGUUUGGAGCAGCACAUAUCGGAGUAUUUAGUCUGUGUUUGUUCAUUUUUAAUGUUUGUGAAAUUUUUUAAAGAAACUUUUGUACAACACAUGUCUGUAAAUUUUUUACAAUGUUAUUGUUUUUGCAUCAUAUCAUAUCCAAUCAUAUCACCCUAUCACUCAGUUUUGGAACAAACCUGGUUGUAAUGAUGCCCCCCUUUUUAUAAAGGACCCUGUGUUCUUGUGAUCUGUUUAUGAAAUAUAAGUUUCAAUGAGCUCUUUA